GAAAACCGACACCGUGGUGGUGGGCGCCUACGACCAGGACGCACCCGGCCCUGACCAGCAGAAGCUGACGAUCGAGAAGGUCUUCAAGAACCCCAAGUUCAACAUGCUGACCAUCCACGACGACAUCACCCUGAUCAAACUGGCCACUCCGGCACAGCUGUCGGAUCGCGUGUCGCCCGUGUGCCUGCCCAAGGCUACCGACGAGUUCGAUGGGGGACUGACCUGCGUCACCACUGGCUGGGGGCUCACUAACCCCAGCGGUAUGUGCACUUUCUUGUCCCCAUCCCUAUUCCCGUCCCCUGCCUCAUCCAAAUCGCCAUCCCCAUCCUUGUCCGCUGUCUUUCCUGUCCCCUUCCUCAUCCAUAUGGUCAGUCCCCGUCCUCAUCUGAAUCGUAAUGCUCAUGCCAAUCUCCCACCCAGAUGCCCGUAAAUUCACAUCUGAAUCCGAACCCCCAUCCCACUCCCGUAUCCCCAUCCUCAUCCCUGUCCCGUUGCUCAUCCCCAUCACCA